UCUCGGACGAUGAACAGAGUAGUUGUAGCAAAAGGAGCCUGAGAACGUAUUUUACAUUGGACGCUGCUGGAAAGCUGUGGGAUACAGGGAAUCAUCGUGAAUAUGUGGAUUUUACGCCAUCUGCUGGUGCUUUUAAUGCACCUGGUCCUCGGAAGCCUUGCACAGCGAUUCUCCAAUGGCUAUUAUUAUCAGGACAUAGUUAAUGGAAAUGGAAAUGGAAAUGGCAAUGGGGAGAUCUACUUCCACAAGAUCCGUCUUCACGUUGAGUCUCCUGAAACUCUAGUGUCGGCUGUCCAGGGGAGUAACGCUACACUGCCGUGUCAUUACCGCUACGAGCCUGCGCUCAGCGCGCCGCGCAAAACGCGGGUCAAGUGGUUCUGGCAGCCGGUGAGCGGCGAGGGGCAGGAGCGUGACGUCAUGGUGGCCAUCGGCACACGUCACCGGAGUUACGGAGACUUCAAAGGACGAGUGCGGCUCCGCCGAAGCGCCCCGGGCGAUGCGUCUCUCGUCAUCAACCCGCUACAGUCCGACGACACCGGCCGUUACCGGUGUGAAAUUAUUGAUGGUCUAGAAGACGAGAGCGUGACGGUGCAGCUGAAGUUUCGAGGUGUGGUGUUCCCCUAUCACUCCUCUAGGGGGCGCUAUCUGAUGAACUUUCAUGAGGCUAAGGAGGCAUGUGAGAAGCAGGAUGCACACCUGGCUACUUUUGAACAGCUCUACGCUUCUUGGGAUGAAGGGCUGGACUGGUGUAACGCUGGGUGGCUCAUGGAUGGGACGGCACAAUAUCCCGUCGUAGAGCCACGAGAGGCUUGUGGUGGCACCGAACUGGCACCUGGUGUACGGAGCUACGGCGUUCGGGACAAAAGUCUGGACCGGUUUGAUGCCUUCUGCUUCACUUCGUCCAUUAGAGGAGAGGUCUACUUCCUGCAACAUCACUUCAAACUAAAUUUCACAGAGGCGGUGGAGGCUUGUCAGAGCGAUGGAGGUCGUAUUGCUAAAGUUGGCCAGUUAUACGCAGCCUGGAGGUUUGUGGGAUUGGACCAGUGUGAUGCAGGCUGGUUGGCUGACGGUAGUGUACGUUACCCAAUCAUCCAACCCAGGAUGAACUGUGGUACAUCAGAACCAGGGGUGCGCAGCUUUGGCUUCCCUCCAAAGCAUUUAAAACAUGGCGUGUUUUGCUACAAAGUCCGCUGGUAAAAUAUACAAUUCAUUUUAAAUGUAUAAACACUUUUGUGAAAACCACAGUGAAUAGUACUUCUUUUUCUACACUAUUGAUUUUCAAAUCAUAAUAAUGUGUUUGUAUUGUGUCUUGUUUUGAUUUGAAAUGUCCUGGAAUUCCUACCAAAUUUACACUGCAAAGCUGGCACAGAGGUGCUUCUGAAGUGGCAUUUACACAGUUUAAUGCUGCUCAGAGGUGGCAUAAAUGCAUUUACACAGCAAAUACAAUUGUAUGCUUGGUAUUAAGAGCUGAGGUAGGUCAGAGCCAGCUUAAUUUAGUCUUUAGUUUUAUGCAGCAUUAUGUCUUUACACACAAUUUUGAGCAGGCACAGAACAGCCCUAACUCAGCUGUGUAAAGAUGCCUAAAAUGUUCUGUUGGAAAAUUUAAUUUCAAGUGCUAACUUGGAUAUUUACACUUUAAAACUUAAAACAGAAUGAAGGUUAAAACUAACUUUGUGUGGUCAUCACUUUUUAUACAGCAUGUACAGUUCUACUAUGUUUUAGGCCUAAAUCCUGAAAUUGAUGGUGGGUGAUUCUUUAAACACUUUUGUGAUCUGAUUGCUUGUAUUAUGUAGCAUUUUAAUGCAAAUAAUCAGUUAGUCGGUGCCAUCUGCUGGUAUGCAUGUAUGCAUGACUUCUUACUAUUAUCUGAGACGUCGUAAUCCAAAAAGCCAAAUUUCAUGUCAAUAAAUAUUUUUUCCUAAAUAAACU